AUGGUGUCAUCACCAAAAGCGUCCAGACCUUGUACCCAGCCACCACAGCUUCCGGCCCUGGAGGUCGUCGGAACGGCGUACGAGAAGAAAGAACAAACCUGUACUAAAGCCAUCGAUGUGGGUAGCAUCCCUGUGCCAGUGCCGCAUCCGAAAAGUGAGAAGAGUAAGGCUAAAGCAGCGUCCCCACGACUAGAUUUUUUGGCAAGAAUUCCCAACAAGCCGGCCCCGGAUAGAACUACGAAUGGGUUGAAAAUCAAAAUACCUAGCAAGGGUGGGGGCACAAUUUCCAGCACAAGGGAAACAUACACGAAAGGGACUGGCGCAGCUUUUGGAGGUGCUACAACUCCAAAAACUUCAACUACCCCUACUGCUGCGGCAGCAGCAAGUCCGGUUGGGACAUCAACAUAUACGACCCCGGGAACUCCCUCCCCCUCCUCUGCUACGAGCGAUCGAAAUGCGUCGUCCGCCGCCCGAACUCCGAGCCUCCUCGACCGGCAGCCGAGCUAUUUGUGGAGUCACCAGACCACGAAGCAUAAAAAUUUCGUGCCGAAAGAGCGGGAGACCGUGGAGUUGGGAAUCCUGCGUGCCAAGAACAAAACCACGGCGUUUAACCAGAAGGCGGUGGGGCAAAACGUGGAGCUGAACAGUGCGAGUAUCAACGGCAGCAGCGCGUUAUCAAAUGCAAAAAUGUCUGGGUCUGGAAUAAAGCAACUUGUCAUGCUAAUUCUGAAUCAUGUAAAAAAAAUCUGUGUUGCGUGAUUACCAAAAGCUGUCCACUUUUGACCUAAUCGAGAGGCAGUUUCUCACGCAGGACAGACACGAUAGAACUCUCACAGAAUCUGUCAUGCUCUUUCCUACAUGCCAGACCUCGCGGGUCAUGGAAAACCUGCAUGACCCUCGAUUCUUCACCCCCAGGGGGUUGGGGUCCCCUCUUCCAAUGUGUAUUGGUUGAGGACUGCCCCCUUCAUCCUAAGUGCCAUCAGCCAUGGUAUCUGGAAAACCUGCAUGACAAGUCUGGCAUUCUUCCAGACCCAGACACUUUUGCAGUUGAUACGCGUCGUUGGGCGAGGCGAUGAUUUCAAACACGCCCAGAUCCGGGAAAAGCGG